AUGUCUGGCUCCUUUCCCAAUCGCAGCAUCUUGAUCCCUUUUAUGCUCGUCCUGCCUCCCGCGCACGACUCUCCGUUUCUCAUGGACCAGCAUGAUGCCGCCCCCAAAUCACCUUCUGAGCGGCGAAUGCGAGGAAAGCGAGGAAAGCGAGGAAAGCGGUUCAUGAGGUACAACGCCCCAGCGAUAAGCGAGACUGGUGGCCCCAAGGUACCGAGAGCUCAGACAUGCGUGAUUCAGCUACAUGGGUUGAUGUACUACAAGACACUACCACCACAGCCGCAGCUGAAACACCACCGCAAUGCGUUCAAGAUGCGAAUCCCGAGACACGAGUACAACACACAACGGCACACAACCAUCUCAUGCAAGGCCCCCAACGCCGUCCACAUCCACCGUGAACGUAGCGUAGGUUAG